AUGUCAACGGUCAGCACCCAGGAUGGCGCGGGCGCCAAUGGCGAGCACGAGGCAGUCAUCAGAAAAGAGGUGCCGUCAUUCCUGACCAGGCUUUCGUACGCCGGCUACAUGUACGGCUUGAAGAGCAUCUUGGCCGCCUUCUUCUGGCUGCGCGAGUGGAAGGAAUCCCGCAACCCGCCCGAGGGCGGCCCCGACAUUGUGAAGACGUACGAGUGCCGGCCACAUCUCCCUGUUCGCAUCUUCUUUCCAUCCUCCUACGACCAGACCUCCCCCGUCGCCUUGCCGACCCUCUUCACCAUUCACGGCGGCGGCUUCUGUGUGGGCCACCAGCGCGACGAUGACGAGUGGAACCGCGCUUUCGCCGAUUCUUACUCGGUCCUCGUCAUCUCGCUUAACUACUCCAAGGCGCCCACUUACCCCUUCCCCGCGGCGCCCCACGACGUCGAGGCCCUCCUCUUGGCCGCACUAGAAGACGCCUCCCUCCCGAUCGACCGCGGAGCCCGCGCGCCGGCCAGCCGCACCGCAAUCCUGGGCUUCUCGGCAGGCGGGAACCUCGCCCUGUCUGUGUCCCAGCUCCCCGCGGUCCGCGCCCAUCCCCUGGCGCCGCGCGCGGCCAUCACGGUCUACGGCAGCCUGGACCUGAGCUGCCCGCCGCACGAGAAGCUGCAGAACCGGCCGUACAAGCCGGCGCUGCGGGCCCCGCGAGGCAACUGGACCUGGACCGGGACCGGGACGGACCCGGUCCUGGCGCUCGCGCCGGCGUCCGACUGGAGCUACAUCCCCUACGGCCAAGACCUGCGCGACCCGCUGCUGAGCCCGCUCUACUACCGCGACCGGGCCGCCCUGCCCGCCUUCGUGGGCGUCGUCGCCGCCGAGCUCGACAUGCUCGCGCACGAGAGCUGGCGCUUCGCCUGCCGCCUGUCGCGCGGCCGUGCCGUGCCCGACCGCCGCAGCGCCGACGCCCGCCGCCGCGUCUGCGGCGACCCCCACGGCCGCGUCACCAGCCGCCCCGGCGAGCUGAUCGGCCUGCUGCCCGGGAGGGAGGACGAGCGGUUCGCGUUUGAGGAGACGGUGUACGCCUCUCCUCCUCCUCCUCCUCCUCCUUCUUAUUAUUCUUCUGCUGGCUCUGGAGGCGGCGGCGGCGGCGGCGUGGCGGCCGUCGGGGGUGUCAAGUGGCUGCUCGUGCCGGACGUGUUGCACGGGUUCGACAACCCGCACAUGAGGGCCCUGAUGGGCGGGACCGAGACCAUCAAGGACGCCGAGCUCAAGACGGAGGCCUACAGGGCCGAGUUGGCGAGGUGGCUGAAGGAGGUGGUGUGGCGAGUGUAA